CCGCGCGGGCCGGCAGAGCUGCACAUUCCCGCCCUUGGGAAGAAGGUCCCACCACCCGGCAGCCCCCCGGGGCCGUCUCCCACCUCGUCCCCGCCUCCCACCGCCCGGAAGAUGUUUCCAGGCCUCUCUCCUCCCUCCUUGCAGAAGAAACUCAAACAAGACCAGCUGAGGGUGGAGAUCAAGCGGGAGCUGAUGUCCGGAGGGAUCCACGGGGAGCCGCACCCGUCGGAUCGCGCCUGGUCCCCCCGGGAGGAGAUGUCGCCCCUGAACCUCUCCUCCCGAGCCGACCCGGUGCGCGACAUCCGCUGCGAGUUCUGCGGGGAGUUCUUCGAGAACCGCAAGGGCCUGUCCAGCCACGCCCGCUCCCACCUGCGCCAGAUGGGGGUCACCGAGUGGUCCGUCAACGGCUCCCCCAUCGACACCCUCCGGGAGAUCCUCAGGAAGAAAUCCAAGCCCUGCCUCAUCAAGAAGGAGCCGCUGGCCCCGGGGCUGGAGCCGCCCAAGCCGCUGGGGGAGGACGGGAUGGAUCCCAAGCCGCCGGCUCCGGCCGGGAAGGUGCUGCAGGGGCUGUCCCUGGCCCCGCUGGGCGGGAGGCCGGGCAAGCCGGGGGCCGGGGGGGCCCUGGCGCUGACGCCCCUGGGAUCCAAAGCUCCCGGAGCCUUCCUGGCUCCCAAGCGGCCGCUUCCCGACGACCGGCUGGGCCCCCACGGGGAAUCCAAGCACAAGGCCUUCGGCCCCCCCGAGCUGCCCUUCAAGGCCAAGGCUCUGCACGACAAGCAGAAGCUGGAGGAGACGCGGCCGCCGCCGCCGCGGAUGCGCCCGGUGCCGUCGCUGGUGCCGCGCCCGCCCCAGACCUCGCUGGUCAAGUUCGUGGGGAACAUCUACACCCUCAAGUGCAGGUUCUGCGAGGUGGAAUUCCAGGGCCCGCUGUCGAUCCAGGAGGAGUGGGUGCGGCACCUGCAGCGGCACAUCCUGGAAAUGAAUUUCUCCAAAGCGGAUCCGUUGCGGAGCGAGGCCCCUGCGCCCCCCGAGCCCCCCGCCCUGGCCGAGGCUCAGUAG